CACACGUGGCGCUCUAUGACGUGUUACUAACAGGAAGCAGCAUGGAGUGAGCUCAGCCAUGUACAUGGAGGAGGAGAGCGGCCUGAGUGAUGUGCUGCCCCGGGAUCUAGCCUCUCUCUUCUCCGACACAUACACUGAGGAGAGCCGCUAUACGUUCUGCGGCCAGCGACUGUCCAUCACUCAGCAUUACGGCUCCAAUCUCGGGGUGGCGGCUCCGGUGUGGGAAGCUGCUCUGAAUUUGUGCGCUUACUUUGAAGAGCAGAAACUGAACUUCAAAGGAAAGAAGAUUAUUGAGCUGGGUGCUGGAACUGGGAUUGUGGGGAUACUGCUAUCUUUACUAGGUGGUAAUGUGACCCUGACCGACCUGCCACAUACUCUUUCACAGAUUGAGAAAAAUGUGUCUGCCAAUGUGCCCGAUGGCUCGUCACUUAACGUGUGUGCAUUGUCUUGGGGACUGGACCAGACCAAAUUUCCACAGGACUUCGACUUUGUCAUUGGGGCAGAUAUUGUGUAUCUGAAGGAGACCUAUGACCACCUUCUCCAAACAUUGCAGCACCUCUGUUGCCCUACCACCACCAUAUUCCUUUCUUCCAAAAUGCGGGCUGAGCAUGGUACUGUGGACUUCUUUCAGGAUAUCCUGCCCAAGUAUUUUAAUGUAGAACUUGUUAGGCGAAAUGCUGAGGAUAACAUCAACAUCUACAUUGUGACCCGGUAUCAGAACUGAACUUUCAUUCUUGGACAUACAAUUCCUUAUGCCUCGUACACAUGACCAGUUUUCCCAUCGGGAAAACUGCCAUGACAGCUUUUGGCCGGGAAAACUGUCCGUGUGUAUGCUCCAUGGC